CAGUCGGGUAAACAAUGCGAUCUGGGGCAGGCUUGCGGCACGUCAAACGUCACAAUGGCAUCACAGUUGCUACGACGCCACAAUUACCUCGUGCCCGGCAAGGGGCUCAUUCACAGGCUCGACAGGCCAGAAAUAUAUGUACGACCCGGAGCAAACUUUCCGGCAGAGCGCUUCUCGCCUGGGCAGAUCAUUGAAAAUCGCUGA